AUGAAGCUUAAGCUCUCUUACUUUUCUGGAUUCUGUGGAGGAUUUCUUUUUCUGCAAGUGAUGAUGUCUUCAGAGAAACUGAUGGUAACUACUCCCACAAGACAUGUGUUAGCUAGAGUAGGAGGCCAGGCUGAGCUCAGCUGCCAGGUGACCCCACCAUGCAGUGUGGAGUCCAUGGAGGUGCACUGGUUAAGGAGUGGCCAUUUCCUGUACAGAGGUAGCCAUGGAGCUCAUGGGGCAGCUGUCCCUGAAUAUGUGAACCGCACAGAGUUUGUGAAAGAUGCCAUUGGGAAGGGCCGAGUGGUCCUCAGAAUUCAUAAUAUCCACAUUUCUGAUGAUGGGCUUUACCAAUGUUUUAAUGAGAGUGGCUUCAUUGAUGUGGCCAGCUUGAACCUCAGUGUGGCAGCAGUUGGAUUGGAGACAUGGAUCCAUGUUCAGACUCCUGAUACUCAAGGAGUCUUGGUAGAGUGUAACUCAGCAGGGUGGUUCCCCCAGCCCCAAAUGGAGUGGAGAGACAGUGGGGGGGGGGAACUUCCACCUUCAUCAAAAUCAUAUUCACAGGAUAAAGCCAGAUUUUUCCACAUGAAGAUGACUCUUCUCACAAACCGGUCACAGGGCAGUAUCAUGUGCUGUAUUUUCAACCCUGUAACAGGAGAAGAGAAACAAACAAUUAUCAUCCUAGCAAGGGAGUAUUGUUGGGUUGGAUGGUUGAUCUGA